AUGUGGCGGGCGGUGGCUGGCGGGCACCGGGUGCUGCGGGCGCUCCCCGGUGCGGCGGGGGGUGUCUGCCGGUCGCAGCCGCCCCCCCGACUGGUUGGGGUUCCCCGCUGGGGCUGCGCGGCGGUGCGGGGGGCCGGAGGCGGCGGCGGAGGAGGAGCUGGGGCCCUGUGGGCGGUGGCGGAGCCGCGCCAGGCGGCAGAUACUGCUCUUCCAAGGUUCAAUAUUGACUUUGUUGUAUCUCUGCUGAGGCAAGAAAAUGCUAAAGACAUCUGUGUCAUCCAGCUACCUCCAGAAAUAAAUUAUUGUGAUUAUUUUAUAAUUGUGAGUGGAUCUUCAACACGACAUCUCCAUGCAAUGGCACAUUACAUGCUGAAAAUGUACAAGAAUCACAAAGAAGAAAGUGAUCGUCAUACUCGGAUCGAAGGGAAGGAAACAGAUGACUGGCUCUGCAUUGAUUUUGGUAGCAUCGUGAUACAUUUCAUGCUGCCAGAAACACGGGAGACUUAUGAACUGGAGAAGCUAUGGACUCUUGGUUCCUAUGAUGACCAGUUAGCACAAAUGACCUCACAGUCACUGCCAGAAGACUUCAUAUUGGGACUCCCUAUUAACAGUAGUGAUCAUCUUGAACAAGAACUUGAUGCAGCUGCUGAGUGGAAAGAGAAAUGAGCAUACCUUCAAAGAUCAGGGAGACACAUAGUCUUGAUUACUGACUCAACAGUCACUAUAGUUGGUCAGUACAAAACAGUGUAUUUAUUGGGUAUGCCUAGGUAAAGUGCUGGACAAGCUACAAAAAUGAUCAGAACCAGAGAGUCAUUAAGGUUGGAAAAGACCUUUAAGACUGAGUCCAGCCAAGAAAUGUCAAGGAAUCCUAGCCUAAGAGAGCUUCUUGGGAGAGUCACCCUUUCAGUGGAUUUUGUGGUGAGAAGAGCAGGGCAAGGAAAGCUGCUUAAGCUACUUAGCCUGAAACUCAUGCUCAUUCUAUGCAGCCAUUGUUUUUCUAGUUUCUUUGAAAGACCUCCCUGUAGUGGCAGUGCAAAAAAGACUCAAGUGCUGUGAAGAAAAACUGUGCAAGAUGGUAGUUUAUAUGAGGCUUCUUGCAUUAAGCCAUUUGGGUGGUGAGAAUGAAGCAAGUCAUGCUCUGAGUUGAAGCAGGAGAGAAAACAAUCAGAAAAUUGGUGUUACUGAGCACACAAAAGCCAAGAGAAGCAGCAACAAAUAAAUGCCUUGAGUUAAUACAACAGUAAGAUUUUCAUCCAAGACCAAUCUGUUUUUAAUAAAAAAACCAACAGCCUGGAGAGCUUCAAUUCCUUGUCUUCAUGUUAAAACAUCCAGCUCAUUAUAAGUGUGCAGUUAACUUCUCUGCUCCUUUUUUUCUCACCUAGUUUUUGGAAAAAGACACUGAGGCAACGCGGUGUGGCAGUGUAAACCUUCAGUUCCUUUGAAGAGGGCAAAAGUAUUUUGAAAGGAAAAAGGAAGCCCUUAGUCACUGAGCUUUAUGUGCUGUUCAGCACUUUCAUAAGUCCUUAAACUUUGUGCAUGGUACUAUAAACAGUUAGAAGAGCUUCAUGAUGGUAACAAAACUUCACUAUGUAAACCAAGAUGCUUCUCUCCACCACAGGCGAGGGCUUUCAUCACUAGAUGAGGAUCUCUUCCUUCUGGAAAAGCUUAUUCUGCCAUUCAUCAGAAAGCAGGAAUGGUAGAGCCUGAGACUGGUCACCUUAGCCUCACAAACUACCUCUAGGCCUGUCAGCAUCUCUUCCCUGCACAGCAGCUACUUUUCAUAGUGCUCAGAGGUGGGGACCUUGGCUUUUUUGCCUGUAGUUGUGCUGUUUGGGGAAGAGUUUUGUGUUUUUAACAAAACAGCAUUAUUUCAGACUGGCUGUGUUUUCUUGCAGUGUCUUAGCUCUGUACUUCCAUGAACAACUGCUGCUGAGUUUACCUGCUGCGUGAUACAGGGUAACAGAUCGUUCUGCAAAUUAAGCAGGAAGUAUUUAUUAAAUGUAGUAAACUAUGCAGAUAAAACAUCUUUGCCCAGAGAAUAAAGGUAUUGUUAAAUCUGACUGCAAA